UUGCAUCUCUGUCGUAGCCAGUCAUAGCUGUUUGAAGAGAAAAAAGUGUUCCGCGUAUAGUUUGAUUGCCUUAAUUCGUCAAAAAUAGUAUUGAACUGCUUGUGUAAAGUUGUUAUCAGUCACCAUUUUGAGCUACCGUAAUGUCCGGACAUCAGUACGUUCCGAAUCCGUCAAAUUUAUUUGCGGACGAGGACGAAAUCGACGACGAAUUAUUUCUACGUAACGCUAGACGAACUGCUGCAAGUAGCAGCACAACAAGUCCACCCACCGCGGAUCAAGGUUACAAGUUCGACCACUAUCAGAACAAUUUCCUACCACAAAAUUACGAUGUUGCUGAAGCAGAAAAAUACGGUUCUACUUCUUUAAUAGCUGGAAAAUCUGUGGGGGCCAAAUUCACGCGUCCGGAUGUCCUCGGACCUGAGCCCUAUCAAGCAGGUGCUAACUACGGUGGGUAUGGUGAACAAAUUGCUGGAGGCUAUGUGGCUGAUCCGUACGCUGCAGGAGUAUCAACGUCACCUUACGGUUCAAACGCUUACCGAUCUGGUUCCGGCAUGUACGGUGAGCUUGACUCGGAUGUGGACGAUGAAAUAGUUAGACAACGGCAGACAUUUGAAGAGAGAAGAAGGGAGUUAGAGGAAAGUACGUUGCUUACCUCCCAGCGAUGUCUGGGAGUGCUCAGGGAAACGGAACAAGUAGGAAUUGCGACUGCGGAAGAAUUGCAUCGCCAGCGUGAACAGCUGGAAAAAACUAAAAAGCAGUUGGAUGAAAUAAAUAACUCGCUACGGUUUAGUCAAAAGCAUCUCAACAGCUUAAAGAGUGUUUUUGGAGGACUAAAAAACUAUCUCUCGGGGAGAAUGGCUCCAGAUCAGCAGCACCAACAGCAACAACAACAGAGUAGUUCGACUGGUAUACCUCGAUCAAACAUAUCGCCAUCACCAUCGGAAGAAGCAUAUCCUAAUCCACAGGAUUUCAGAAUUCCGGAUAACUAUUGGCCGGAUGCAACCACACGGAUGCGACCUGAUUAUCAUCAUCAGGUACAGGACGUAGCACACCUAAAUGGAGCAGUUGGUGACGGAACUGGUUUUAGCCAUCAGUUAGAUCAGAAUUUGGACGAUAUGCGUGGUAAUUUGUCUCGUCUCAAGCAUCUUGCACUAGAUUUGAACCAAGAAAUUGACAGUCAAAAUGAUCUAAUCGAUGAUAUCUCUAACCGCGUUGACGAUGUAGACGUAAAGAUAGGCAAACAAAACAAAGAUAUGAAUCGGCUGCUGAGAAAGUGAACCUUGCACUGUGCUGGUUACAAUAAAACAACGAUGAUUGAUGAUAUUCCUCUGAAAGCAACACAAUGCAAGCGACACUUUGUCUCCGUAGCAUUCAAGAUGCGUAUGAAGAAAGUAAAAACCAAAACGCAAAAUGAUGAAAACAUUCUUUGUAUAAAAAUCGGUUAGUCUUUAGGAUUUGUAUUUUUUGUACAUUUUGAUUUGUUCGUUUUUGAAUACUACUUUGUCUACCCAUUCUAAGCAAAAGUCUAUCAAUAGUAUGUAGAUAAGCGCGUCGGAGAGGUAAACGUUAUGGACUAAACUAUUGAAAUUGGCUAGAUAAAAUAUAAUAAGCUUGAAACAAGAACUAAAACUCAAAAUUUGAAUCCAAUACAAGUGAGUGUCUGAUCGUUCUUUGCCUCCUCAAUUUCUCAAUUUAAUCAAUGAAAUAAAAUCUUACGCAGAUAGUAAGAUGGUGAAAUGUUCAAAAUAUUCCUCCCUCUAUUGUCGAAUUGUGUACAAUAUUCGCAUUCCUUACUUGAUAUUAUAAAACGCAACUUAAGCCGUAUGCACGCAUCACAAACCACAACCGAGCAAAUCACAGAUUGUUAUAGGAAGAUAGAAUAUCGAGAGCAGCCAUAGAAGGAAAUAUGCACAUUGAAAAAAAAAGCUAUUGGAUUAAUACAGAUUAUAACAAUAAAACCGAGGUAUGAUUAAACAAAGUUAUGGCGAAAACAGUUGAUAGUUUCGUGGUAAAAUCUAAUAAAAUGGUUAUAAAUUAUGAAUACGAUAAUCUGCAAUAUUACAUAAAUACAUACAAACGAA